GUCGGCUAUAAAUAGGAUGGGGUGGACGGCCCCAGCCGAAAGUUCCCCCGCUCGCUCUCAAUUUUCUCUCAAAAAAACCUUUCUAAAUCACCGAUUUUGCAAAAUCCAAUCGUCCGCUCGUCGAUCCAACCACGUUUUCACUGUGAAAGUGACCUCGAUCUACAGGUUUCUAUCCGUUGGGUUCGUCCAAUAGACCAUGGGAGAUAGCCAGUACUCAUUCUCUCUAACUACAUUCAGUCCUUCUGGGAAGCUUGUCCAAAUUGAACAUGCCUUAACAGCCGUUGGAUCUGGCCAAACAUCUUUGGGGAUUAAAGCUGCUAAUGGCGUUGUUAUUGCAACAGAGAAAAAGCUACCAUCUAUCUUAGUUGAUGAAACAUCGGUGCAAAAGAUUCAGACAUUGACCCCCAACAUUGGAGUCGUAUACAGUGGGAUGGGUCCUGACUCUCGAGUUCUAGUUAGGAAGAGUAGGAAGCAAGCUGAACAAUAUCAUCGACUAUACAAAGAACCAAUUCCAGUCACUCAACUUGUAAGGGAAACCGCUGCUGUUAUGCAGGAGUUUACUCAGUCUGGUGGUGUCCGACCAUUUGGUGUUUCGCUGUUGGUUGCUGGGUUUGAUGAAAAGGGCCCACAGCUGUAUCAGGUGGAUCCAUCAGGUUCAUACUUCUCUUGGAAAGCUUCAGCGAUGGGGAAGAAUGUCUCUAAUGCUAAGACAUUUCUUGAGAAGAGGUACACGGAUGACAUGGAGCUUGAUGAUGCUGUCCACACGGCAAUCUUGACCCUGAAGGAGGGAUUUGAAGGGCAGAUCUCUGAAAAGAACAUCGAGAUUGGGAUAAUUGGCACUGACAAAAAAUUCAGAGUGCUAACACCUUCUGAAAUUGCCGAUUACCUGGAGGAAGUUGAGUAGCUUAAAGCAUUGAUAUCUAUCUAUCUUGUCAGUAAAAAGGCUCGUGCAAUCCUGGUGUGAAGCUGGGUUUUUCUGCUACAAAAUCUAUAUCCGGUUCUGUUGGUAGAAAAUUAUGAAUUGAAAACCGGUGACAUUUGUGUUGUGGUGAACAUUUGUUGUCUAUGGCCAUCUGGCUCCCCAUGUUCUACUUCAGGAACUAUUUCCCAAAUGAAUUAUCAAAGAUCAAUCUCUAUUUCAGUUUUUGAUGC